AUGCCACCGAAUAGCAACCUUUUAGAAGAAUCCUCCUUUGUGAAUAGUAGCAGCGAAUCCGUUGUCACACCAACCAAGACAGUUGCUUCUACUUCGAAUACAGUUGCUUCUAGUGGCGGCGGCAGCUAUUCGGUUUCCAGCUCGAACAUUAAAACUUCGGAAUUACGAAAACCAAAAGUCACUGAAAGAAGAACCUUCUCGUAUCGCAUCCAAUCGAGAGAGUCCAGCAAACCAUCACUGGAUUGUGAGUCUAUCCCAUUGGUAGGAAGAGAGAAUGAAGUAUCCAUGCUCAAGGCCUGCUUCACACGCAUUACGGUGGAAGCACCUGAGAAAAAACAAAAGGAGCUUGUGCUCAUCGAAGGGCAAAGUGGAACUGGCAAAUCCAGCGUAGCAGUGACCCUCGAAGACGAGGUAUCGAAACUUGCCAACGGAGCCUUUGUAAAAGGCAAAUUUGACAUGAAUGCAAGCGGUGAGCCUUACUCUGGUAUAUCCAAGGCUUUUGGUAGUCUCUGUCAGAAGAUGAAAGGAGUUCCGCCACAAGUACUUAGCGCUGUCCAAGCAGUCAUCAGCGAGCAGCUUGGCAGUGAGGUCGACCUACUGGUACAUCUCAUUCCUGAGAUGAAAGAUCUUAUUCCUGAUAGUUCCAAUGAGCCCACAGUCGUGGACAUCGGCGAAGAUGAAGUUGAAAGCAAACUCGAGCGCUUGCGAUUUGCUUUCCGUGUUCUUACAAGAGCCUUCAGUUCUGCUUUCUCGCCGCUGAUAAUCUUUCUUGAUGAUCUCCAGUGGGCGGAUGUUUCUUCGCUUCAAGUCCUGGAUUUCUUGAUAUCUGACACUCAAAACGAACAUGCUAUAAUGUUCAUUGGCUGCUAUAGAUCCGAAGAAGUUGAUGAAAAUAGUUUGCUCCAUAACAAGAUGGUGGGACUUCGAGAGAUGUCUUCCAGAUACAAGUUCCACCUAACGGAGAUUGCAGUUGGUAACUUUGGUAUCGACGGAAUUGAACAGGUCAUUGAAGCCCUGUUGCCAACUUCCAACAGAGAUGCAGCGAAUGGGCUCGCUGCGAUCUGCCUGAAGCGGACACUCGGAAAUCCUUUUUUUGUUUUAGAAUUUCUAAAGAUGCUCCAUCAAGAAGGUCUCCUAGAAUACGAUGCAGCUUCCAACACGUGGGAUUGGAAUCUGGGCAAGAUUGAUGAAGCGACCAUGUCCACUGCAAAUGUGGUCGACAUGCUUCAAAAUCGUAUUGCAAAUCUUCCCCAUCAAGUGCAGGCACUCCUUCAGUGUGCUGCAUACCUUGGAUCUUCCUUCUCCGAGUCAACAAUCGAUCUCGUCUGGUCAGCAUUUGGAAGGAGGCUGGUGGAAAGCAGAAUCGAGCGCACGUCAGCUCUACUCAAUGUGAUCGUCGUGGAAGAGAUCAUGGAGAUAUGUGGAGAUAAUCAGUUCAAAUGGGUUCAUGACAAAUUGCAAGAAGCCGCUCUUUCCCUAACCGGGAAACGUCGGGAGUCAUUUCAGUUGGAUAUUGGAAGGACAUUGUACUAUGGCUUGGAUAAGCAACGAGUGGAAGAUGAGCUGUUCACAAUCGUGGACCUGAUCAACAAUGGCAAUAUAUUGAAGCUGCCCGAGUUUGCAGUUGCCAACUUGAGAGCCGCGGAGAAGGCUCGGGACUUGGCGUCCUUUCAAUCUGCAUCUAGCUACAUUGCUCACGGUAUCAGCCUGCUAGGCGACGACAAAUGGUCCGCCACUCGCUCUGUAACUUUGAAACUCUAUACCAUGGGAGCCGAAAUGGAGGUAAUGUUGGGCAACGUUGACGCAUCUAACCGUUACAGUAACGAGGUCUUGCAGCAAAAAGAUCUUACGAUUAUGGAAAAGCUACCAUUGAAAAUGGCGAAGGCUAUGACUAUUGGCUCUACUGAUUUAAAAUUUGACCAAUCUGUGAAAUACUACAUGCGACUACUAGAUAAGCUUGGUUGCAGAGUUGCAUGGACGCGAAAACUUGUACCGGUGCAAGCAAUCAUGAAGCUCAUGCGGGUUAUCAAGAGAGUAAAAGCUACUCCUCAAAGCUUCUACGACAAGAUGGUUCCCAUUGAGGACCCACGACAAAAAGCGAUUGCAUCUGUCUUCUCCAAACUUGUGUACUAUGCCUACAUGGCAGGGGACAUGUUGCUGCUCGUUUUGGGCACAUCUACACUUGUAGAAAUGACACUCGACCAUGGAUUGAAUGAAUACUCCGCCAAGAGCUUCAGCUCAUUGGGAAGUGCAAUCAUCAUCUCAUCCGAAGAUUACGAGACAGCGGCUAAAUUCAAUGUGAUUGCCCUCAACAUGUUGAAGAAGUUCCGAGGCAUGCACAAGAGUGAGACGACAUUUCUCAUCUAUGGUCCUGUGCUCUCAUGGGUGAAACCUUACCAUGAGCUAAUUCCACCAAUGCGAGAAGCCAUCACUGAGGGUCUCAGAUCUGGUGACACCGAAUAUGCUAUCUGGAAUUUGAUUUCGAGCAAAGUUUUGAUCAAAUUCGUAAUGGGGAAACCUAUCGGCCCCAUUCUGAACGAGUGCAGUGAUACCCUACUGCAAUGUGAAGAUGCUGCUCAAACACUCACUGCAAAUAUAGUACAGAUGUUUUGGCAAAUGAUGAAAAAUCUUCACGAUCCCUCAUCAUCUAACCCCGCCGAGCUUGAAGGAGACAUUUUCAGCGCUUCCAAGGACGAGGGAACCAACAACGUCCAUCUUGCCAAUAUCAGCUUUGCACAAGGUGAAUUGGCCUUGUUCAACGGCGACUAUGAGACUGCAGCACGGAGAGCACUAAAAAUUGGCGAUGAGUUCGGCAAGCUCAUGCCAGCCUUCCUGCUAAACAUGGUCGAAGUCUUUCAUCGAGCCGUGCCACUCUACGCAGCCGCUCGCAUGACCAGAAAGAGAAAGUACAGAGUGGAAGCCAAGCGCCUCUUGAAGAAAAUUGGAAAAUGGGCCAAAGGCGGAAACGCCAAUGUCCAAUACUACUUCUUGUUCCUGACAGCCGAGCAAUUGGCUUUGGACAAGAAGUAUGAUCUGGCACAACAGAAGUACGAGCAAGCUGUCGAAGCGGCAACGGCCGCACGCCACUUGCAUCAUAUGGGACUGAUUAAUGAGAGGUAUGCGGACUUCCUCCUGGAGAUUCGUUCCGCAAGUGAAGAUUCGAAAGAACGGCUAAUGCGAGCAAUUCAAUGCUACAAGAGAUGGGGAUCUGCAAGGAAAGUAACAGAGUUAGAAUCCAGGCUGUAG